ACUGAGUGUCCCACACCAGGCAGCACAGAAGCAGGGAAACGUGCGUGCGUGUGAAGUUCAAACCAGACCCUUUCAGCUGGGUAGGAGUAAGCCCCCUGGAAGGUGAGGAUGGGAGCUGGGGGAACCUUGCUGUGGUUAGUGGGGGCUGCAUGGGCUGUGCUGGCUCUGGGACUUGGUUCCCACCUGAAAGGGAAGGACAGCCUUGAGAGACCUCAGCACCAGGUGCAGCAUGGGCCCUGCAGCUACACCUUCCUGCUCCCAGAGCUUGGGGGCUGUUACCCCUCCGCCGCCGAAUACCAGGUCUCCAACUCGCUGCAGAGAGAUGCUCCACCCGUGCCUGAGCCCAAGUGGCCAGCCAAGCGGCUCCAACAGCUGGAGAACGUCAUGGAAAACAACACACAGUGGCUGCAGAAGCUGGAGAGCUACAUCCAGGAGAAUGUGAAAAUGGAGCUUGCCGAGAUCCAGUUCCACACGGUGCAGAACCACACAGCUGCCAUACUGGAGAUCGGGAGCAGCCUCCUGAGCCAGACGGCUGAGCAGACCCGCAAGCUCACCGACGUGGAGACGCAGGUUCUCAAUCAGACCUCAAGGCUGGAGAUCCAGCUGCUGGAGAACUCUCUGUCCACUAACAAGCUGGAGAAACAGCUGCUGCUGCAGACCCAGGAAAUAAACAAGCUCCAGGAGAAGAACAGCUUUCUGGAGAAGAAAGUCCUGGACGUGGAAGGCAAACACGAGGAGGAGCUGCAAGGGAUCAAAGCCGAGAAGCUGGAGAUGCAGAGCCUGCUGUCCAAGCAAACCCAGCUCAUCCGGGAACUGGAGCAGCACCUCGCCACAGCCUCAGCCAACAACACGGUGCUGCAGAGACAGCAGGCGUCUCUCAUGGACACAGUGCACCAGCUCCUGAGCCUGGUCUCUCAGUGCAACCGGUCCGGAGUCAAAAUCUCCCCGGCCCCGCAGGGGGAGCAGAAGGUGUUCCGGGACUGCGGGGGCGCGUACAAAUCGGGCCUCACUGCCAGCGGAGUCUACACCCUGCACUUCCCCAACUCCACAGCCACCACCAGGGCAUUCUGCGACAUGGAGACCAGUGGGGGAGGCUGGACUGUCAUCCAGCACCGGAAGGACGGCUCCGUGGACUUCCACCGCACCUGGAAGGAAUACAAACACGGCUUUGGGUCCCCAUCUGGAGAACACUGGCUGGGAAAUGACUUCAUCCACCGGCUCACUGCUCAGGGCUCCUAUUCCCUCCGAAUCCAGCUCCGGGACUGGGACAGCAACGAGGCCUAUUCCCUGUAUGGGCAUUUCCACCUGGGCAGCGAGGAGCAGCUCUAUCGGCUCCACGUGCGGGACUACAGCGGGACGGCCGGCAGGACGAGCAGCCUCAGCCCCCCGGGGACGGCCUUCAGCACCAAGGAUGCCGACAACGACCGCUGCGGCUGCAAGUGCGCUCAGAUGGCGACCGGAGGCUGGUGGUUCGAUGCCUGCGGCCCAUCCAACCUGAAUGGGAUUUACUACCCCGCUAGCCCCGCGACGGUCCGCUACAACGGCAUGAAGUGGCACUACUGGAAGGGGCCCAGCCACAGGCUCAAGGCCACCACCCUGAUGAUUCGGGCUGCGGACUUCUGA